AUGGGAAAUCUCAAAUUCGUUCUCUGGAUUUGCAUCUUUCUUUUGUGUUCUCUGCAAUUCCAAGUUGAAUGUGCCAGAGUCAGACCCAAAUAUCCAUUGUUCACCAAACUCUCAUUCCUCCGAGCUAACGCCUCCGGGGCGGAGGCUCUGGCGUUUGAUCCCAGAGGCGGCGGUCCGUACGCCGGAGUCGCAGAUGGCAGAAUACUCAAAUACGGCGGCCCACAUCUCGGUUUUCAAGACUUCGCCACAACUUCCCCAUUAAGGACGAAAGAUGAAUGCGACGGCAAAGCCGCACCGAAGUGUGGAAGAGUAGCUGGUCUGGGUUUCGAUUAUUCAAGUGGUAACCUUUACGCUCUUGAUGUCUAUUUUGGGUUCUUCGUCGUUCCACCGUCCGGCGGGCCGGCGAUUCCAGUUGCAACCGGGUUCAAAGGCACCAAUUUCUCCCUCCCGAACGCAUUAGACAUCGACCAAGAAUCCCAAAUCGUUUACUUCACCGAUGCUGAGAAAGUAUUCCUCUCCGGGAAUCACACAGCAAUAUUCGCCAGUAACGACACAGAAGGGAAGGUGUACAAAUACGAAAUUAAAACUAAAAAGAUAAGCUUGGUGCUCGACGGACUAACUGGACCAACCGGACUUGCGGUGAGUAAAGACGGUGACUUUCUGGUAAUUUCUGAGUUCAUGAAGAAGAGGAUUCGGAAAUUUUGGCUGAAGGGUCCCAAGACAAAUAGUUUGAAGACACUGAUUACGCUUCCCGGAGCUCCAGAUAAUAUAAAAAGGACAGCAAGGGGUGAUUUCUGGGUGGCGGUAAGGGUGUCGCAGCCGGAGACGGUGGAGAUAGUGGAGGCGAUUGGGAUAAGAUUCAAUGGAGGUGGCCGGAUUCUGGAAAAGCUGAACUUCACGGCAAUUUACGAUGGCAGAAUGGUAACGGAAGUGCAAGAGUAUUCACGGAAACUCUAUCUUGCAUCCGCUUCCUCGGACUUUAUCGGUGUGUAUAGGAGAUAA